GAGCGGAAGUUCCUGGAGCUUCCGGUAGCCGGCUGGUGUAGAAGUUAUGGCUAAACAUCAUCCAGAUUUGAUCUUCUGCCGCAAGCAGGCUGGUGUUGCCAUCGGAAGACUGUGUGAAAAAUGUGAUGGCAAGUGCGUGAUCUGUGACUCGUAUGUGCGUCCCUGCACCCUGGUACGCAUAUGUGAUGAAUGUAAUUAUGGAUCUUACCAGGGCCGCUGUGUGAUCUGUGGAGGCCCUGGAGUCUCUGAUGCCUAUUAUUGUAAAGAGUGUACCAUCCAGGAGAAGGAUAGGGACGGUUGCCCAAAGAUUGUCAAUUUGGGGAGCUCUAAGACAGAUCUAUUCUACGAACGCAAAAAAUACGGAUUCAAGAAGAGGUGAUUGGUGGGUGGUCCCUUCCUCCCCCCAUCGAGCUGCUGCAGCCGCCAGAAAAGAUGUCUACUACUACCAGCAGAAAGGGAGCAGGGCAUCCCCAGACUGCCUGCUAUUGCAUUGAUACCUUUCCACCCUUUCCUUCCCUCACCCAGACAGGUGGGGAUGGAAAAGAUCCCUCAGAGAGCACUCUGGCAGACUAUAAAAUGUAUUGGUUAGCUCAUGGGAAUAAUAUCUUUCAGUCUUCUGUCUGAGAAACUAACUAUGAAGCUACCCCAGUGAAAAGUGUGUUCUUGCAGCAGCUCUGAUGGCAGUUGUCCUUGAUGACCCCUAAGGUGUGGCGGGAGCCAUCAGAACAAUAAAUGUGAUGUGAGCAGUUAGUCUUGGAGCGCUUACCAGGUGGUGCUGGUUUCUUUUCUUUUUUUUUUUUCUGAGAAAUUGGAAACCCUUUCUGUUGCUAUUGUUUUAAUAAAGUUG